GGUGUAGUGUUGUCAUCGGUCGAAGACAUUGUAUGGAAGAUAAUUGGUUAACAAUAAUUGAGAAGAAACACUUCCUAAUAUUUUUGAAGACAAUGGAUCAAAGUCAUUUAUCUGGUCCUUAUCUGCCAUGGAUUGGUACAGCAGUGGCCGUCGCCUAUGCCGUCUACCUGACCGUCAAAGCCCGAGGUAUCUGCGGUGGCGGCGGCGGCUCUACGUGCGAUGGAAAGUCAUGUGUGAAUCCUACGAUACGUAAAGAGGCGGACAAAGUGGUCGAUUCGUUUGACAUCGAAGACUUGGACAAGAAAGCCGUAUUCUGUCGCUGUUGGCGGUCAAAGAAGUUUCCCUAUUGUGACGGUGCGCACAAUGGCCACAACCAAACAACUGGCGAUAAUGUCGGACCACUUAUUAUCCAAAAGAAAGUCAAUUAAGAGAGAGAGAGAGAGAGAGAGAGAGAGAGAGACCAGACAUUGGAUUUUUGUUUAAAUAUUUUUUUUGUUAAUUAUAUACAAAAAAUAUAAAAAUAGUUUUUAGGAUUUGAUUUUGAAAAAACACAUGACAUACUUAUAGAUCAAUUAUAGAUAUUAAUUAAAAUUGUUUUUUAUUUUUGUUUCUUUAUUAAUAUAUUAUAACAUUUACUUUUAACAAACAAUAUAACAUAUAAUUUGUUUUCUUUCCUCAUAAUAUAUAGUGACCUCUU